UGCUCCGGUGCCGGAGUCAGUCGGAAAGAGGGGAAGGCCGAAGAACCAGUCGGCACACUCGGAUACAACCACACGCGCACAUAUACACACUCGAAACACAUGAUACCAUAACGUGAACACAGGCUUAGCCUCCGAUUUUUUACAGUUAGUGGUGUUCAACUCAAUGAUGCAUGGGAUUAGCAGGUGGAAGGCGUCCAUCUUCACCGAAUUUCUUCUCUUACUUGCCGCAAUAGGUGUGGAUGGCACCCUUACCUAUUUAGGGUGUUUUAGAGAACAAACAAAAGAAAAUAGACUAUUUAAAGGUGAUCAUAAAGAUUUCAAUAAUAUACUUUCACCUCAAAUAUGCGCAAAUUAUUGUGAACAGAGAGGAUUUAAAUUUAUUGGACUGCAGUACAGCUAUGAGUGUUUUUGUUCGAACACAAGACCAACGUUCCACCUAUCUGCAUACGAAAAUGAAUGUAAUAUGCAGUGUGCUGGGAAUGUACAUGACAUAUGUGGCGGAGGUUUGAGGUUGAGCGUAUAUGAAUCUGAUAACGCAGUUGCAGGUGUUACGACAUUAACGGCAGACAACUCCCGCUACGUAGGAUGUUUCAAAGAGAUUUCAGCGGCAACACGAUUGCUACCUAAUGAGCAAAAGAAUUUUGUGGGUGAUCUCACUGUGGAAAAAUGUAUUUCACACUGCUUAUCAAAAGGGUUUGAUUACGCUGGUACUCAAUACGGAUUUGAGUGUUUCUGCUCCCAAGAGAGACCAUCCUUCAAGCGUUCAGCCAAUGAAGAAACCUGCAAUAAGCCGUGUGACGGUAACAAACACCAAAUAUGUGGGGGCAACUGGAGACUCAGCGUCUACGAAACGACCGAGCAGGCGAGAAAUCCUGUUUCUUCCAACUACAUCGGCUGCUUUUAUGACAGUAAUCUAAAUAGGCUAUUAGUUAAUGCAUACAAAGAUUUCGAUGGUAAAUUGACCCCUGAAGCAUGUGUUAGUUUCUGCUACCGUGGUGGCUAUCGUUACGCUGGAGUUCAACACAAGUCUAAUUGCUAUUGCGGUUCUGAAGUGCCAUUAAGCAAUAAAAGGUCUCAAGAAACCGAAUGCGACUUGCCUUGUCCUGGUGAUGGAAGCAUAUAUUGCGGAGGAAGUGCCAGGUCUAGUGUUUAUUAUACUGAAAUAACAGAUUAUUCCGAAGAUGACAGGCUCCUUGGUUGCUACAAAGAUAGUGAUAAGAACAGGAUUCUUUCAGGUGAAAGAUUGGUUUUUAAUGAGAAUAACACACCAAGAUUAUGCAUGAAUACUUGUUUAAGCUUGAAUUACAAAUUCUCUGGAGUUCAAUAUGGAAAUGAAUGUUACUGUGGAAAUAGAAGACCGCCGAGAGAUUUGGAAGUUGCAGAAAGGGACUGCCUGACACCUUGUCCAGGUGACAAAAGAAAGAAAUGUGGCGGCGGCUGGAGAUUGCUUGUUUUUGAAGUUCCUGAUGUCAACACUGAAUAUCCCAGGCCCAAUGAAAGGCCAGUUUUAGUUGCACAAACGACUCAAAAACCUACAACUCAAAGGGCAACUCAGAGAACAACUCAAAGGACAACUACAAAGGCCCCAGCAACUCAAAAAACAACUAAAAGAAAUACUUACAGGCCUACAACAAGGCAACCGAACAGGGAAACUAGUACAAAACCACCGACAAAAUACACUACAUAUAAGCCGACACUGCUUAACAAUAAACCGGAUAGCCAAUCAAAUGCCAAUUGUGUUACAUCUCUCACGAUUGUGAAUGGAAAAAGUGUUUGCAAAGGAGAUUUGAUCUUUAAAGAAAACUUUGAUGAGAGCCUUUCUAAAGAAAAAUGGGCUCAUGAAAUUUUGAUGCCUUGGCUUCCAGACUAUGAGUUUAUUGUUCUUCGAAAAGGUUCAGCUAACAGUUAUGUUGAAUAUGGUAAAUUCCAUGUUAAACCUACACUUCAAGAUGAUGAAUUUAUCAGAAAAGGAAAAUUAGAGCUUUAUGGGUGCACAAGAGUUCCUAGUACUUUAGAAUGUGAACGGCAAGCUGCAGCAUUCAACAUUUUGCCUCCUGUCGAAUCUGCUAGGAUAACGACAAAAUAUUCAUUUUCAUUCAAAUACGGAAAGGUCAAUGUGAGGGCUAAACUACCCCUAGGAGAUUGGAUUAUCCCAGAAAUCUGGUUAGAACCAAAAAGAAAAGUUUAUGGUCCUUCUUACACAUCAGGGAGGAUUCGUAUAGCAAUGGCUCGAGGCAAUAGAAAUCUACAAUUUGAUGGACAAGAAAUAGGAAACAGCCAUCUAGAAUCUGGAGUAUUAAUGGGUAUUGGUAAUAAUAUAAGGGGGAGAACGAUUACCCGCCAAAAGAGUGAUGGGUGGUACAGAAAUUUCCACAACUAUACUGUUAUUUGGAGCCCGGAUGAAUUAAUCUUUCUGGUAGAUGGUGAGCAGCAAGAAAGCAUUUUGAGGUACGGUUCUACUCUUGCAGAAUUGGUUGGCUUCGAUGAGAACUCUGCAAAAAUUUGGAAAUCUGGAUCAAGGAUUGCACCUUUUGAUCAGGAGUUCUACUUAAGCUUUGGGCUGAGUGUGGGUGGAAUGAGGGAUUUUCCAGACAAUAGCAUUUCAUCUGGAAAAGUUAAACCCUGGAAAAAUUCAGAUGUAAAGGCAAUGGCGAAUUUCUGGGAAAGCCGACACGACUGGAAAAGCAGCUGGGAAGAAGAAAAGGCCAAACUUCAAAUUGAACAUAUUAGGGUCUAUGCGUUGUAAAAAAAA